AUGAGGAUGAAAGCGGUGUUGGCCACGGCCGUGCGUCUCGGGGGCGCAGGUGUAGGCGUCAGUGUCGUGUCCAGCUGCGACCACGCCACCCGCGUCCUGCAGGAGAGGGCAGCGCGGGCUGGGAUCAAGAUCCUCCACACGCUGCAGGCGGAGGACGCCACGAGCCUCGGGCGGGACGUGGCGCGCUUCGUCACGGGGCAGGUGGGCUACGGCGGUGUGGUGGUGGUGCUCCUCAGCGCCGCAGAGAUCAAUCUACUGACUGCCGAGUUGGAGGUGCGUCUGCUGAGGAAGUUGAGGCUUCGCUGGGUGCUGACGACACUGGACGGCGAACCUUCGCUCGGGGGCCUGCAUGAAGAACAGCUACGAAAGAAACUGCCGGGGUCGCUGCUGGUGGAAGCGCACUCGCCCGUCAUCCCGGGAUUCACGCAGUACUUCGCCUCCGCCGUGGCCGACAACACCUCCGUGGUGGCGCCGCUCGCCCGCCGCUCACUGCGCGCCUCCUCGCACUGCGACCCCGAGGUCUCCGAUUCCCCUUGUUCAAUGCUGAAUGCUGACGACGUCGGGCGCCUGGUGAGCGGCGCACCUACCACAGCCACUGUCAAGGCCGUGUCUUCCCUGGCUGCUGCCUUCAGACUUGUUCAAAUUGAACGCUGUUCCAAGGGUGUUCAUUGCCUGCAGGCGCUUCGUCAGGACCUGCACGAAGACGUCCUGAAGGCUCUGCUUAAACUGUCGUUCACUGUGGGCGGCGGCGCAGACCGCAUUCGGUACACUGCUGAUGGCCGUCUGGUCAACACCUUUACCAUAAAGCGGGUCUCAUCCGAGGGCCUCCGUCAGGUUGGCGUCUAUCGUGAGGAUACCGGUGUUGUGUGGUCGCCAGGCGAGGUUUGGGGAGCGGAUUCUGGUGUCCACGGGCGCGAGGGAAGAACUUUGGGCCUGGUGGCGCCAGAAGAUGGAGAGGAAAACAACAGUGGUGUCCAAGCUGUUCUGCUUACUCAUGAGGACUAUGUUGGCCGAACGUGGGCUUUCUCUGUGUUAGUACUUGCAUGUAUGGGUGUGAUGGCGGCUUUAUAUGUGGCUGUGUAUGUCGCCCUCAGGGUGUGUGAUGGAACACUCACUGGACCUCAGGUUUUGGGUGCUGUUCUGCUAAUUGGAGUUAUGGGUACAUAUGCAUCUUGUGUAGUGUACGUUCUGCCCCCCAUGCCCAUCACCUGUGCUGUGCGAGAAUGGGCACCACCCAUGUGUCUAGCAUUGUGUUAUGGCAUUCUUCUGGUGAAAUCUAUGCAUCUUCGGGCUCUUGUGUCUGUUGGCCUGGGAGGAGAGGUCUCUCAAGUGAAUCUGCAUGUGUCCCUGCUGUUCAUCAUGGGUGUGCAAGGAUCACUGUGUGUCCUGGGUCAUGCUGGUGGACAAGGAGCAGGAGAGGAACCUCUAGUUAAGAUAGGACUAGAUGGCGAGCGUCACUGUGGAGAGAACCGUGUGGCCACACUUUCAACUCGAAUUUAUUUGAUGGUUCUACUCCUAAUCACUCUUGUUCUUGGGACCCUGAACCGCAAAAUCCAUAGAAACCACAAUGAGGGCCGUUGGUUAUUGUUAACAUCAUGUGUAUCAGCUCCUGUUGUUGGUGUGUGGACUGUGAUGAGCUACAUGGCUCCAGCCCCAAUGGAAGCACCCACCACCAGUGUGGCUCUCCUGGCUCUUGCAUCAAUUAUCUUAGGCCUUGUAUUCAUACCUAAGAUGAGGAUCAUUGCUCAUCAAGCUAAGGAAUUCAGACACAAACAGUUAGCUGCUACCAACUCUGUAUCAACAAUUUUUACCCAAAUGGAAGGUGGUCCAUUGGGUGGAAUUCCUCCUCUACAAGAUGGGUUGAAGCCUCCAAAGGGAGAUAGUCCUAGAUUACAUCAAAAGGAUACUGUAGGAUCCACUAGGUCAUCUUUAGCAUCACAACAGAGCUACAGGGCUGCUUUCAAUGCUGUCUAUGGAAUUCCGCAAGAGUCACCCCUCAGCACUCCUCGUCAUGUCAUGAGAAACCCCAUUUAUGAUGCAUCUCAUGGUGCUUAUCCAUGAAUAGCAAUGAGAAAAAUUAAAAAUAUUUACUCAUGAUGUUAAAGUAUACAAGCCUGACUUAUUAUUUUUUUUAUAACUCUUAUGGCUCUUUAUUGAAGCAUUCUUGAUGUAUUGUAAGAGAAAAGUGCCUAGGGAACUGCUUAGUACAAACAACUGCCAGUAUUGGAACUUAAAAGUGGCAAAAUUUUUGAAAUAAAGGAAAGGUGUUGGAAACUUCAAGUGUUUUCUCAGUCCAUAUUGUGACUGAACACGUUUUUUAUUAUUAUUAUUGUUAUUAAUAUUAUAAUUAAAAUUCACAGACUGUAUGACAAAAAAAAUUGAUGCUGAUCUUAAUUUUGUAUUUAGUUGUUUCCUAGAUUGAAAGGUUUUCAGUGUUUUUUUUUUCUUUUCUUUUCUGUUUGUAAUGAUAUAUGGGGAGCAAAUGGAACUGAUGUACCCAGUAUUUUAUAUACAACUCAGAUUAUGUUUGGGCUUUAUAAAAGUGACAAUAGUGCAAAGACUGUGUAUUCUGACAAGCACUAGCAACUACCAAAGUCAUAGUUUUAAUCAUAUUACAAUUCACAAACUGUUAUGUAUCUUGAUGUAUUCAUUCUUCAGAAGGCAUUGACUGAUUUUUGCUUUGCCUUUUUGUGUAGUUUUUUCCCUUUUAAUGAAUGAUGCACAUAUGCACAAAUUCAAAUGACACUGAUUUCCAAAGUGAAUUUGUUUUAAGGUUGAGGGGGUAUUUCCCUUUUUUUAGUAUAUAAGUUUGCAGUAUUGUUUUUAGGAAUUUGGCAAUGAUUAUUUUUUAUAUGACUGCUAAAAUUUUGGCUUAAAUUGAGCUUUAAUUUUGUUAAGAUAAUGAUUAUGUACAAUGUUCAGUUUUUAGGCCACAGUGUCAGUUUCACGGUGACUAGUUUUAGAAGUGUGAAUCUUCUCUUUAGGAUUUAUAGUAUUUUUAGCUGUAUCUAGUCUGGUUCUUGUUCUGCAGUUACGUAGAAGAAUCUCUUUAAUUUGCUUCAAUCACAGAAAUAUGUAAAACAAUAUAAUUGAUAUAACUGUACAUCUAUCUUCAUAUGAAUGACAGAUCUACUGGAGUAGUCUGUGAACUGUCCUGUGGAGCAGUAGUGAAAUAGAUGAAUAUAUUAGACAUACCUCAUUUAUUAUAGUUUUAUUUUAUAUUGGAUAAAUUACAUGACAUUCAUUUAAUGAUCAGUUAAAUGACUUAAAUGUAGAGAGUUUAAAGUUGUAUGAUACAAGGAAGGUCAUUUUGACAUUGGUAAAGCAGGUUUGAUCUGGAGAACAUUCAUAACAUUGUUAACUCUGGUACUUUUAAAAUCAUCUUCCACAUAUAUAUUUAUACACUGAAAAGUACCAAUUAGCACACUCACUUGAAAAAUGGCUUGAAAAAUAUUGGAGGUACUUCUAACAGUACUAGUCACAAAAUUCAAUGGCAAAACCAUGAGUACAGGAAAUACUACCUAGCAGAAGCUAUUAGUACAUUCUUUUUAAGUACUGCUAGAGGCAUGGCUAGUAAUUUAAGAGCCAUUUUCUUAGUGGUUACAGUAAUCAGUAUUUUAGUAAUACUGUGUGGAAUACAGUUUUAAAGUCCAAAAGUAGCAGAAGUACUUCCCAACUCUGAUUGCAAAUGACUUUGAUAGUAAUGUAUGUAAAGCUUAGUGAUGAGAAUAACAAGAAAUUUAGUAGAAUUACAAGGUAGAAAUGGAAAGGGUAUUACUAACCUUUUUAUUCAUUUUAGUAUGAACUAUAUUUAUUUUUAAUUAACCUUUUGAACUAUUGUAAUCUGUUAGGGCUAAACAAAAUUAUGCUUAAUAGAUUAUUUAGUUUCAUGCUAUAUUACUUGGGAAAUAUUUGAAUAUGAACUUAGAAGCCUGUGAGUAAAUGGAAUGAGGACAUAGAUGCUCAUGAUGUCUGCCUUGCAUUGAACAACUUGUAGAUUCCUGAAGAGGUUUGUUGACCCCAUUUGGAAAACAUCCUGAUGAGGAUAUGUGGUUUAUCAUGUAGCUGCUUGCUAUAGUGAAUAAGGAUUGCCGUAAGCAUAAAUGAGGCAGGUACUGUUUAUGUGAAUGAUACUCAUUUAAAAACUAAAUCUGUUGUAACGAGAACCAAUGUUGAUGGUACUUUCUACAUGAAAAGUCAGAUGUUUCCAUGAAUAAAGUAUAUUGCAAUUACUAAAAGAUUAUUUUAAUUCUGGUGUGACAGAUUAUGUAGCUACUCUACCUAUCAACUACAAUACAUAUUAACCUGUUAUAUUAUUUUCAGUUAUUGACUUUCUAUCCAAGGUCGUGAAGAAAACAUAACGACUACAGCAGAAUCAGAGCAUUACCAACUAUGCCAGUAAGUUUUCAUGAUUGUCUCACUCGCUGAUGGAAAGUUGGUCUCUAGGGUUUACCAAGGCAUGGUUGUCCAGUUUAAAAAUCACUCAAUUAUUUAUAUAUUUAAUAUGAUAUAAUGAUUAUCUUAACUAUAUCUAUAUAUUUUUAUAUUAUAUGAUAUCGAUUAAACUGUCAUAUUUACGUGCAAAUAUUAAAUCUACUUGGUAGGCUUGUCCAGCAGACCAGACAUGACAUAAUGUGAUUAUAUCAUGAUUAAGAGAUAUUGAUAGUGAGCAAUGCCAUACGUUUCCCAUAGGUGUGACCAGUCCUCAGUAAAUACAUAUAUAAAUAUAUGAACAUAUAUUUUCUGGUGUAUUUAAUCUCAGACAAUAAACAUAUAUUCAGGAUGGA